AUGCAUUGCGACGUUGCCUAGCUAGAGGGGGCAGUUGUGCCUUCAGGGUUUCGGCGCGCUUUCGACGCCAGACCUCACUGUGAAACCAGAGAACCGGGAGGGAGGAAGGGUCUGCGGUCGCUCGGUAACCUGGGCUGGUACCCUUGGCUACUUUCCAGAUUGGCAACCGUUGUUUCCCCGAGGAAGUAACCACAGUGGACGUUCGCUCGCAGCUUAGCGAUCUCCGUCUUUGAAACGAAACCCGGAGGAGUAAUGCGAGUGGGGGAGUGAGAGGCAGGUGGUCCCCGUAGAACAUUGGCGGGUGGGAGGAGGCCAAGCAAGAAUGCUGCAGGCGGACGCAGACCCGGCAGGUGCAGAAGCGGAGAUGGGGAGCGGAGAUCUGAAAACGGAGGUGGUGCGGCUAACCCUGGAGCUCCAGGAGGCCACGGAGGAGAAGCUGCAGGCCGCCCGCUAUGGCCUGGUGGUGCUGGAGGAAAGUGCCGCUCUCAAGAGGAAACACAGGCAGCUGGAAGAGGAGUGUGAAACCCUAAAAGGGGAGCUGCAGCAGCUCAGAGAGGCAUUUGCAGAUUCUGUAAGCAGCCAAAAACGUGCAGCUGCUGAUGGAGAAUGCCGGGAGGAGGAUCUGCUACAGGAGACGGCCUCUAAGGAGGCUGCCAUGGCAACGCGCCUUGAGGAAGUCCAGGCAGAGCUCAAGCAAGCACGCCUUGCUCUGAGCAACGCCCAUGCAGAGAUCGAUAGGCUGGGGGUGGUCUCCACCCAGUUAAAGAAGGAGUGUGAGUGUCUGGAGGGCGAAAAGGACCAUCAGAGGGAUGAGAUGAAGGAAUAUAAAGUACGUGAGCUGCGCCAGUUGCAGGACAACGGCGAAUUAGAAGAAGAAAACAUCUCUCUGCAAAAACAGGUGUCUGUACUGAAGGAAAACCAGGUGGAGUUUGAAUCGAUAAAGCUGGAGCUGACCCACAAGAACGAGGAGCAGGAGGAGCUGCGAGGUCAGAUGGAGGAGGCCGAGAGGCUGAAGGAGAUUGCAGAGCGGCAGCUGGAUGAGGCCCUGGAAGCCCUGAAGGAGGAGAGGGAGCAGAAGAACUGCCUGCGGCGAGAACUCUCCGCCCUGACCCUCAACCCCUUCGAAUCCGUGGGGAACCUGGAGCUCCACUUGGACCAGCUGGACGACAACCAGGAGGACGGCCCGGGGGGGGAGGGAGAAGGUGAGGGAGAGGACCAGGACAGCGGCAUUAAUAACGGCCCUGGUUCUGCUCCCGGUUCUGCUCACCCUCCUCACUUGGCGGGCUCCAAAAGUAACGGCCUCAUCCAGCGCUACUCCACUCCGCGCAGCAGCGACAUGUUCCUGCGCGCUCCCGCCUCCGGGCUGGUGUCGGACCUGCUGAGUGAGCUGCACUUCUCUGACAGCCAGAAACUAAAGCAGCAGCUCUUACAGGCAGAACGGGAGAAGUCCAGCUUGAUCAGCAAGGUGGAGGAACUGCAGAUGCAGCUGGUGGUGUCCAAGCAGGCGUUCAGUCAGCAGGAGGACAAGCUCGGAUCCCUCACGCAGCAGCUGGAAGCCGCGCAGAGCGGGCAGCACCCCAAGCACGAGGCGGGCGGCGGCGACCCGGAGAACGGAGACGCCGUCUUCGACUACGAGGUCGACACCAAGAGCAAGGAGGUGCUGGAGGCGCGAGUGCGUUCCGCCAGCGAAGAGCUUCUGAAGCUGCGGGACGACCUGUCCCAGGCCGGAGCGCGCUACAACACCCUGGAGCACAGGUACAAGCAGGAGAAGGACCGGUGGCGGGCGGAGGCCCAGGAGCUGGCCGACAAGAUCCGCCAGUGCAUCAAGUCUAGCAAGCAGGACCAGGAGCGCAUCGGCGAGCUGGAGAAGGAGAUCGGGGCCACGCGGAAGGUGGCCAUCGACUCGGAGGGGCAUCUGAGCGUCGCCCAGGAAGAGCUGCUGGCCUUCUCCGAGGAGCUGUCCAACCUCUACCACCACAUCUGCGUGUGCAACAACCUGACGCCAAAGCGAGUCACCCUGGACUACUACCGCGACGGUGCCAGGGCGAGCAACGCGGGAGGCAGCGCCCGCAGGUCCCACUACGUUCACUCCCCGCAGAACUCCCAGAAGAAGACGCGGGCCAACGACGCGUUCAUCUCCAAAGCGGCGGCGCUGCAGUUCAUGGGGGAGGUGGACAGCGCGGGAGCCAGUGGGGAGUCUCCCAGCUGCCCCGGAUCCCCCACCCUGGACUUCAGGGACCCGUCAAACGUCCGCAACUUGGUGGCCGUCAUCCGUUGCCAGAUCAAACACCUCCGGGUGGCAGUGGACCUCUGUCGUCAGAGGGGUGCGAUGCCUUACUCGGGCUUCAGCAGCAGCGGGGAGUCAGAGCGGGACGCUGAAAGCCUAAUGGAAGAAGUUCUGAAACUCAAGUCCCUUCUGAGCACCAAGAGGGAACAGAUUGCUACCCUGAGGACCGUCCUCAAGGCUAACAAACAGACCGCAGAGUUGGCCCUGUCCAAUCUGAAGACCAAGUACGAGACGGAGAAGAGCAUGGUGUCGGAGACCAUGAUGAAACUGAGGAACGAGCUCAAAGCCCUGAAGGAGGACGCAGCGACCUUCUCCUCACUGCGAGUCAUGUUCGCGAGUCGGUGUGACCAGUAUGUCACCCAGCUGGAUGAGAUGCAGCGGCAGCUGGCAGCCGCCGAGGACGAGAAGCGGACCCUGAACUCGCUGCUGCGGAUGGCCAUCCAGCAGAAACUGGCCCUCACUCAGCGCCUGGAGGACCUGGAGGCGCCCCUGUCUUCGCACAGCCUGAACAGCAGCCCCCGCCGCUCCCGGGCCAAAGAGCUGGCCAACAAGUCGGGCCGGGCUCCUCGGAGCCCCCGAAACAGCCCCGCCCGGCCCCCGCUGAGAAGCAGCCCGCGGGCCAGCCCGGUGCUCGGCGGCAGCGUUUCGGGGCUGGCCCCGCACCACCUGCGGGGUCUGACCCGGAGUCUCCACACGAGCCCCCGCUGAAACACUCCUUUCAUCACUCCAACCUCCCUCUUCUCCAUAAGGACCUGUCUUCAUGUUGACUCCCUGGCUCCCACCUUCUUUCCUGACUCGAGACAUCCUGUCCAUCAGAUAUGACGCAACAUUUCCCCGUCUACCCACCAGAACCAUGGAUUUAAAAAAAAAAAAAAAAAAGGUUUAAAAAAAUAAUAAUAAUCCUCUCAUCCCACCCGGCUGGUUUUCUCUGCUUGGAUCGGAGAAACCUGCAUGCAGCCGGGAGCAGGACGAAGAGAGACGUGUGCUGCUUGUUGCUCAUUGACUGUGUCUUGUCCCCGAGUGGAUCCAACUUCCCUCUGGACUCGUUCAAGGCUGCUGUGUGUUGUGGUGAACCAGUGACAGUAUUUAUUCCGGAAGGAGAGGGGUGGGGGGGGGGCGUUUGCAGUGGUUACUGUCCUCAGACUGUGGUUUGACGGUCGGAGGCCGUGCGUCUUUACACUCUUGCCUUUAGUCAGGCGUCCUUGGUCAGAUCGCUCUGGCGUCUUAGUGUCAGUAAGCCAUUAGAUCCCCUGUGAUGAAUCCCCCGAGUAGUUGUUUUUGUAGAACAAUGCAGCCUUACUAACACAAUUACCGAUCCCACAAGUAGAGAGCUUACUGCUGCAUUGAGGUCUCUUCCUCUCACUGAUGGUACCGUUGCUUGUCCUCUUUUGUCCUGUGACGUGCCUGGCACUUUGGCUUUUGGCCGUUAGCCGAGCCCUUUAACUAGAGGUCAGUAAGAAGGCUUUAGUUGAUGGAAAUCAAUCAGCCAUAAGUUCACCCCCCUCAGGUCAAGCAGAGUAAUCCGAUUCAUGAUUUGGGAGAUCUUAAAUGAGCGUCAUACUUGAAAACUAUGCAGACCAUGUCAGGACGAUGCCUGUGUGCUUCUUGCUGUUCUUUUGAGUCACGAAGGGUUUUGAAUCUCGACUUUACUCCAGUACGUAAUGGUUUGAGCUUCUGGAAGUGAUCUGUGCAUUACAAGCAUCCCAUUGCCUGAAAUGUAGUCACUUGUUUGCCUGUUGUUUUUGAAGGAAAGCGUUGCAUCACUGAAGAUUUGAAGUUGUGAUUUGAGCAAAACACGAACAUGUUGGGCCAGUCUUAGCUACAUAAUCAUAACUACAGUUCCCCAUUCAGCUUCUGCUACUUCUCAGUCCUUUUGAGCAACUAAGCAACCAUGUUCCUGUUUUGUACACCAUCAUUUAAUGUAACCCCGCUUUUGUGUGCGACAGAAGUAAGCAUGUUGUAAUGAACUAGUAAUUACCCACUAGUUCUUCCCCGAGGCUACGGCAUCCAUUACUUUCCGUUAGCAAUGCUAAUAGUGCUAGCAGGCCACUGUUAGUUGUGGCUUAAGUAAAAAAAAAUAAUGUCCCGUUAUUUGAAAAGCAUUACACAGUGCUUUGGUCUAUUAGACCAUUAUGACUUAAAAGGAAAAACCUAAAUAAAUCUUAAUAAACAAUAUUUCAAAGAGGCGUAACUGCUGUGAGGAGCUUCAGAGGGUCUGGAAAUGCAAAGAAGAACAAACAAUGUUGCUUACAGAGUAGUUUGAUGCCAGGGCCGUGAUAUGAGGGCAGCAGCACAGACGUAGACGUUGGCACUGUAACAAGACCUGCCUCAACUAAUGCAGUUAGUGUUCUUUUAUUUUAAUUCACCUGCAGUCGACCAAUCAUGCUCAACUGUCCUGUUGUUUAGUAGAAGAGGCCACGACCUGCUGAUUUGUUUUAUUUUUUUGUGCCUUGGUUUUGAUUUGGUCUGGUUUGGGAUUACAUCGAGUUUUCUAAAUAGAGGCUACCUUUCAACACUGGAGUAGUAAUUCUUUUUUUUUUUUUUUUGAAGGUAUGUUUUAUUUAAUUUGCCAUUAAGCAGUAUUAGCACUGAAUAAGGGUAUCUCAUUUUGGUAAAUAUUUUCACUUUUUAGCUUGCAUGCCUAAAUGGACUCAUUACUAUUAACUAAUGAACAAUUAAGGCAGAAAAUAAUGUAUCCCAAACAUUAUAGAGAGACGGAUGAAUUCCUAGGCUAAGAAGUGGAAAUGCUUUAACAAUGUCAUAUUUCUUCAAAGGUUGUAAAUGGAUUUCUUAAUCGAUUUAAUUCUGUGCAGAGGUGUGUAUAAUUUAAUUGCCAUUGUUGUAUAAUAUUUUAACUGUAUUUAUGUGGUCUGGCUUCUGUGUCUGUACAUUGUUAUAGAGGACGACGUGCACACUCCGCAUAACACAUCGGAUGGUCCUCAACUCUUAGUGUGGAACCUCCUUUGACCUGUGAAUCGCUUUAGUCAAGAAGAAUAAAAACAAGCCAACACUGUU